AAGGGGGGGCUCGCUGCAGAGCCCACCCAGCCCAUUGGCUUGCGAGCCGUGACAGGCAGGCAGCUCCCUCCCCGCCAGCGCUGCCUGUGUGGAUGUGAGCAAUGUGCGCAAAGUGCCUUCGCAUUAGCCCCGUUGAGUGCCGUAGCGCCGGGCGCUCGCUCGCAGAGGUGCUGGCACAACCGAGGUGGCCCUGUCCCGUGCCUGGUGGCACUGCCGGACCAUGGCAUGGGCACAGGGGGACCUGACAUCCUCACUCUCCAUCGUCAUCGCUUUGGCUGCCUGCCUCUCUGCCACCACCAGCGAAGUGAACUUGCUAGACACAUCAACAAUCCCGGGGGACUGGGGCUGGAUGACUUAUCCCUCACAUGGGUGGGAUUCGAUCAAUGAAAUGGAUGAGUUUUUUAGCCCCAUCCACACCUACCAGGUCUGCAAUGUCAUGACCCCCAACCAGAACAACUGGCUACGGACCAACUGGGUUCAACGGGACGGAGCGCGGCGGGUCUAUGCAGAGAUUAAAUUCACACUGCGGGACUGUAACAGCAUGCCGGGUGUGCUGGGCACCUGCAAGGAGACCUUCAACCUCUACUACCUGGAGUCCGACCGGGACUUGGGUACCAGCACCCGCGAGAGUCAGUUCAUGAAGAUCGACACCAUCGCAGCCGAUGAGAGCUUCACCAACGUGGACCUGGGGGUGAGGCGCCUGAAGUUGAACACGGAGGUGCGGGGCGUGGGGCCAUUGAGCAAGAGGGGUUUCUACUUGGCAUUCCAGGACAUAGGCGCUUGCAUCGCCAUCGUUUCAGUGCGGGUGUACUACAAGAAGUGCCCGGCAACAGUGAGGAACUUGGCGUCCUUCUCCGAGGCUGUGACUGGGGCGGACUCGUCCUCCUUGGUGGAAGUGCGGGGAGAGUGUGUGGGCCAUUCGGAGGAGAGGGACACCCCCAAAAUGUACUGCAGCGCCGAGGGAGAAUGGUUGGUGCCCAUUGGGAAGUGCGUCUGCAGCGCUGGCUAUGAGGAGCAGAGGGAUUCCUGCAUGGCCUGCCAGCUGGGCUUCUACAAGUCAUCCCCCGGGGACCAGCUCUGUGCCAAGUGCCCCUUGCACAGCCACUCGGAGAGCCGGGCCGCCCGCGUGUGCCGCUGCGACAGCAGCUUCUACCGGGCCCUGCAGGACCCCCCCUCGGCUGCCUGCACACGCCCCCCCUCUGCUCCCGUGAACCUGAUCUCCAGCGUCAACGGCACCUCGGUGACACUGGAGUGGGGGCCCCCCCUGGACAAGGGGGGCCGCGCUGACAUCGUGUACAACGUGGUCUGCAGGCGCUGCGCGGGCCAUGCCGGGCAGUGCGAGGCGUGCGGCAGCGGGAUCCGCUUCGUGCCCCAGCAGAUGAGCCUGGUGAAGGGCGCGCUGACCGUGACCAACCUCCUGGCCCACACCAACUACUCCUUUUGGGUGGAGGCCGUCAACGGCGUCUCUGACCUCAGCCUGGAGUCCAGGAGAGCUGCAGUUGCCAACAUCACGACAAACCAGGCAGCCCCAUCCCAGGUCAUGGUGGUCCACCAGGAGAGCACAGGCCAGAACAGCGUCACCCUGCUGUGGCAAGAGCCAGACCAGCCCAACGGCAUCAUCCUGGAGUAUGAGAUCAAGUACUAUGAGAAGGACAAGGAAAUGCAGAGCUACUCGACUCUGAAAUCCAAGGGUACCUCUGCCACCAUCUCUGGGCUCAAGCCUGCAACCCGCUACAUCUUCCAGGUCCGGGCUCGCACGUCCGCGGGCUGCAGGAGGUUCAGUCAGACCGUGGAGGUGGAGACGGGGAAGCCAGUUUCUCUCCGGUACGACACAAUGACAAUUGUCUGGAUCUGCCUCACGCUCAUCACUGGCCUUGUCGCAUUGCUGGUGGUCUUAAUCUGCAAGAAGAGGCACUGCGGGUACAGCAAGGCUUUCCAGGACUCCGAUGAGGAGAAGAUGCAUUAUCAGAAUGGGCAAGUGAAGUUCCCCGAGUCCAAGUUCUAUGUGGACCCUCACAUGUAUGAGGACCCCUGCCAAGCUGUGCAUGAGCUCACCCGUGAAAUUGAGGCCUCCCGGAUCAAGAUCGAGAAGGUCAUUGGGUCUGGGGAGUCUGGAGAGGUGUGCUAUGGCCGCCUGAAGCUGCCAGGGAAGAGGGAGAUUCCUGUGGCCAUCAAGGCGCUGAAAGCUGGCUACACGGAGAAGCAGAGACGGGACUUCCUGAGCGAGGCCAGCAUCAUGGCACAGUUUGACCACCCCAACGUCAUCCACCUGGAGGGGGUGGUGACCAGGAGCAAAUUGGUAAUGAUUGUUACAGAGUACAUGGAGAAUGGCUCGCUAGACACCUUCCUCAGGAAACACGAUGGGCAGUUCACCAUCAUCCAGCUGGUGGGCAUGCUGCGUGGCAUCGGAGCGGGCAUGAGGUACCUGUCUGACCUGGGCUACGUGCACCGGGACCUGGCUGCCCGCAACAUCCUGGUGAACAGCAACCUGGUCUGCAAAGUGUCUGACUUUGGGCUCUCUCGCAUCCUGGAGGAUGACCCCGAUGCUGCCUACACCACCACGGGGGGGAAGAUCCCCAUUCGCUGGACGGCUCCGGAGGCCAUCGCAUUCCGCAAGUUCUCCUCGGCCAGCGACGUGUGGAGCUACGGCAUCGUCAUGUGGGAGGUGCUGGCCUACGGCGAGCGCCCGUACUGGAACAUGACCAACCGGGAUGUCAUUAACUCGGUGGAGGAAGGCUACCGCCUGCCUGCCCCCAUGGGCUGCCCCACGACCCUGCACCAGCUUAUGCUGGAUUGCUGGCAGAAGGACCGCAGCGAGAGGCCACGCUUCUCCCAGAUCGUUGGCAUCCUGGACAAGCUGAUCCGCAACCCGGACAACUUGAAGUGCACGGCCACCGUGAACCGGUUCACCCAAACACCCUUUGACAGGGGCCUCCUGGACCUGGCCACCUGCCUGACUGUGGAGGACUGGCUGGACUCCAUCCGACUGGGGCACUACCGGGACAACUUUGCCAUGGCAGGGUACUCCUCCCUGGGCAUGGUGAUGCGCAUGAACAUCGAGGACAUUCGGAGUCUGGGCAUCACCAUGAUGGGCCACCAGAAGAAGAUCUUGAGCAGCAUCCAGGCCAUGAGAUCCCAGCUGCUGAACACAAACGGCCCCAGGAGGCAUCUCUGAUCACCAGAUUUGCAGACCUGCAAUGGGCAUUCCUUAACACUUACCCUGGCAAAGGGGCAGCAGGGUGGUGAGCAGGAAAAGGGGCACCAGAACAGGACCUGGAACCCCACCAGCAUCUCUUCGAUUUCAGCAUCAGUGGAAAUGUGCUUUCCAGAUACCUCGAUGGUCCUGCUGCCUCCUUCCCCCAUCUGAAGGGGGGAGCAGACUUCCAAGCAGGCAAGGGACAUGCCAUGCCUCUCCCCAUCUUCUGCUGUGUCUCUCUGGCACUGGGGGUUCCCACACAACUAUGCAGGACAGGGGGUAACCCUUUCAACACAGCAGAACGGCCCCAGCAGAUGGAGGGGUAUCAGACACAACAGCAAUACCAGGAGCAGUGGGACUACGUUUGUCAUGGCACCCAGCUCCUUUGGACCUGACAAGUGGGGAAUUUCUUGGCUCUCUGAAUUGAGGGGGGCUCCACGGGCUGCCACCCAGCAGAGACAGCCCUGCUCCCACUACCUCCCAGUUCCAGCGCACUCCAGCCUGGACCUCCUGAACUGCACCAGCCUGCAGGUGCCUUCAUGGUCCACCUCUACCGAGCCCAGGAGGACGGGGAACCUGGUGGCAGCACCAGGAAAAGCAGAGGAAACUUCCCCAGCGUGGGCCAGGGUCUGCUAUCUGGAGCUUCAAGAAGCUCCAGGAUGCUGCGGGAGGCUCUCCACCUCCUGCCUGCCAUGUCAGCUGCAAAGGAGGGUUCUGAGCAACGCUUCCAGAUGCAACCCCAUGAGGCUGAGGACAGCAGGUCUGGGAAAAGAGGGUCUUCAGCACGACCCAGCUGGUGAGCCUGGUGGCUGGGAGCUUGGACUUCCCUCCCCAGCUCUCCUCUCUUCCACAGGAGCAUCUCUUCUGGCCGAGCAGUGGCCUCCAAAGAGCUGGUCUAAGAGGCUGAGCCGGCUGCAGAUGCAGAUGGGGGGCAGGCUGUGGGCUGAGAAGGUUUCUCUUGGGUGUAAAUACAAUUUUCUAAGGGUUUGGGAACUGUUUUACUGAAACACGAUGUUAAGUACACAAGAAUGGUCUCAAAGCACAGAAGCCUCGGUCCCGGGGCUGAACUCACUGCAAAAAAUACCUACUGGGAGCACGGCUGGGGAGGGGGGGAGUGCUGGAGGGGACUGACAGUGACUGCCAGGGGCCAGCCUGGCCCACAGCAUCGUGUCCUUAGCUCUGGCACAGUGAAUCCAGCACCACUCGAAUGCAGGUACUGGUAGGACGUGGCCUGAGGUCUGCUCCUCCCGGUGCUGUUUGGGCACAACGGGGUUUGGGGGGGAGGGUUAAAGCCAUUUCUCAGCUGCAAUAAUCCUGGCUAAACUGGCCUUUCUGGGGCUCAUUUAGCUUUCCAUCCAGGGUGGUUACGUCCUGAUGGAUUCUCUGACUGUGGCGGGCACUUUACUUCUUCCUAUGGAAGCUUUUUGUAAUGGGGGACAGAUGCAAUGUGUUGUUUAAUUUGUAUUGCACCCUGUGUCCUGCACUCAGACCUUCACACCCACCCUGCAGUCAGCAUCAUGACAGAGGGUAGUCCAUGUCCUGCGGCACAAGAUGCUAGGUACUGGCCAUGUCCUCUCUGCCCAACAUCUGGGACUCCCUGGAGGGUGAGUCCACCAUGGGCGAACAGGGGAGAGCAGAGGGGAGGCCAGUGCCACAGGCCUGUAAAUUUGGGGUUUGCUGGGCAACCCCAGUGACGUGGCUGCAGGAUCUGAGGUUGGGAGCUGCCGGAUGCCCCUUUCCAAGGUAGUCCAUGAGUCAGAUCCUGCAGCCUGGGGUCGUUGGGCUGCUCUGGGCUGCAGGGAUGGUGGGGCAGGGUUUGCCUUUUGUGUUCAGAGUGUGCACCUCCUCCUGAACAAUAAAAUUCCUUCUUCCCAUUGGCCA